AUGGGACUGUUCGACAAGUUGGCCAACAUGCUGCGGAUGAAAAAGGAGCAAAUCAACAUCCUGGUCGUGGGGCUGAACAACAGUGGCAAAUCGACGAUCGUGAAUCACUUCAAAAAUCCCAACGAACGGACCUCGAUCAUCGUGCCGACGGUGGGGUUCAGUGUGGAGCGGUUUGAAAUCGGUUAUCAGGGAGUGUUCUUCACGGCCUUCGAUAUGUCCGGCGCAACACGAUACCGCAGUCUCUGGGAGCACCAUUUCAGAUCGUGCCUGGGUAUCGUUUUCGUGAUUGACUCGAGCGAUCGCAUGCGCUUAGUGGUCGUGAAGGACGAACUCGAGAUCUUACUGCAACACCCCGACAUCGCUAAUCGCCGGGUACCGAUCCUGUUUUUUGCCAACAAAAUGGACUGCACGGACGCGUUGUCGAGUGUGAAAAUUGCCGCCGGACUGGGGUUGGAGAAAAUCAAAGACAAACCGUGGCACAUCAGCUCCAGCAACGCGCUCACCGGUGAGGGGCUACAGGAUGGAGUCCAGUGGAUGGUGCACCAGAUCCGAGAGUGUGUAGCGAACAGCAAAGAACAUAGGUAGAUUUCCGGUGGCCUCCGAUCGUUUUCAAUAAAUGGGUGCAUA